AAUAAGCAUUGAAAUAUUGUUGCUCCAUUGCAAUGCAUGCAUGGGACAUUAACUAAUCUGACACUAUUGACAAUCACACACACACACGAAUACGCAUUGUCACAUAAAAAUCACACUGACUGCGCCGCCUCAGAGAGCAAAUCAGACUUAUUGUGUUAAUUCUUGUAAUAAUAAGCGACAAAUUGUUACAGGAAUUUUGACCGUUUUGCAUUUGCGAUACUCCAGAUUGAUGCAUUACCAUUGCCGGCGUCAUCAUCGAUAUGGCGGUCAAGGUGCAGUUCGAAAUUGGUCACACAUCAAAGCUGCGCAGCAAGAAGCAUCCACAGGCCUUCACCCACGAUUGGGAGAUCUAUGUGCAAGGCGUGAACAAGGCGGACAUCAGUGCGUUCGUUGACAAAGUCGUCUUCAUACUCCACGAAUCAUUUCCAAAACCAAAGCGUGUAAUCAAAGAGCCACCGUAUGCCAUACAGGAGUCGGGUUAUGCCGGCUUCUUACUGCCCGUCGAGAUCUAUUUUCGCAAUCGGGACGAGCCCAAGCGCAUAAUGUACCAAUAUGAUCUGGAUCUGCAGCAAACGGGGCCGCCCCUUCAUCGGGUCGAGGUCAAAACCCAUGUUUUCGAGGCGCCUUCGGAGGAGUUUCGUGCCAAGCUAAUGCGUGGUGGGGGCGUGCCUGUUUUUGGUGCCAAUAUCGCUUCAGCCGGCAGUUUGAGUCGCACGCUUUCGCCCAGCGUUGGCGAUCUGCCCGGCUCCGAGUUGGCUGUGGUCAAGGCGAAGGGCAGUGGUGGUGGCAUAAAAAAGCACAAGCCACGCAACGACGACAGCGGCAAGGUGAACUCUUUCUCGGCAUUGUUUGGCACACCGAUCACCAAAGGCGGCGCUGUGCCAGCGAUUAUGCCAGCAAUAACAGCAUCAAAACAUUCUCCAGAUGCAAAGGGACAAUCCGGCUCGAGUAGCGGUAAGAUUGGAUCGCAUGAUGGUAAGGAAAAGUCGAGUAAGGAGCGUGACAAAUCCAAUAGUUCGGACAAACCGCGCGACAAGGACAAAAAGGAUCGUCAUGGACGCGACAAGGAGCGCAAAUCUGGCAAGUCCGGUGAAAGCAGCAGCAGCAGCAAACACGAUCGCGAUAAGGAAAAAUCGAAAAAGGAGAAGUCACGCGACAAGGAGCGAGAACGCGAGAGCAGCAGCAGUAGUGUCCUUGCUACCACAGCAUCAAAUGCAUUAGUCAGACGCAUAGUUAGUCCCAAACCAGGAGGAGGCAGAAGCAGUCUCUCCGAUAUGAGUCCCAAGAAACAUUCGGGUGACAGCGCUGCUGUCACGCCAAACUCCCGCUCAAAGGAUCGCGAAGAGCACAAAUCGACAGGCAAAUCGGAGACGAAGGAUAAGGAGCGUAGCUCCAACAAAAAGUCAAAGAAAGAGAAAAAAGACAAAGAGCGUGAACGUGAACGCGAAAAGCAGCGCGAGGAACGUGAGAAGGAUAAACGUGCGCUCAAGGAUGAACGUGGCCACGGCGACAGUCCGGCCACUAAUAGCAGCAAUAGUCUAACGCAAUCAUCACAACCGCCAUCACAAUCACAGAGCAGCUACGAUGCUGUAAAGACGACUGGUGGCAAGUCGACGCCAAAUUCGCUAGGCAGCAGUGCCAGUGCAAGUAGUCUGGCGUCGAGCAGCGGCAAGCGGACACACGAUAAGGAUGAGAUGUCAACACCUGGCCAGCAAACAGUAGCGAAAGUCGCCGAAAAAGGUGUAGAUACAAAGGCGGAUAAAACAAGCAACAGCAAUGGCAGCGCCACGGAAAAGAAAUCACAUAAGCACAAAAAGAAGGAUAAGAGCAAAGACAAGGAUAAGGACAAAGAUAAGGACAAGGAGCGAAGUGAUCGAGAUAAGGACAAAGAAAAGGAACGUGACAAGGACAAGUCUAAGGAGCGUGAAAAAGAGAAAUUACAACAACAGCAGCAGCAACAACAGCUGCAGCAGCUCUCAACUGCUUCGGACAAAUUGAUAUCAUCAGUAGGCGCAGCAUCAGAAGCAUCACCCAAAACAGAACUCAACAACCAGCCGUCAGAAGCUGCUAGCACGGAGAAAUCGGCAACCGUGAACAACAAGAAGGAGAAGCACAAGAAAUCCAAGGAAAAGAAUGCCAGCAAAGAAGAGAAACGUCAACGUGAAACAGACAGCAAGCACAACAGUAACAAACAGCUGCAGCAGCAACAGCAAGCGGCGUCAUCAGCCAUAAUACCAUCCUCAGGCGCAGCUCAAUCAGCAACAGUUAAAGCACCCAGUAACUUGGAUUUGAGCGAUAUGGACUCAGCACAAUCAGCGCCAGAUAUAGCCGCAACAAAUGCACUAGCUGCGGCAACAGCUGCCACACUGCAGCAUUCUGACAGCUCGAAUAGCAGUUUUCCCGAUCUGCCCGCAAAGAGCAGCCAACAAAAGAGCACAAAGAACGCACAGAAUUCAACUCAUGGCAAGGAGAGUAAAUCUUCUGCAUCUGUGACUGGUGCUAGCGGCAAGGAACACAAAGUUAAAUCAAAGCUCGCCGAAAAGUCAGAGAAGACUGAAAAGUUAGACAAAUCACCUGACACCAAGCCAGAGAAGUUGGACAAGUCUGAGCUGAAAGAGGAAAAGAAACGUAGUCGCCGCAACUCACAGAAUAGCAAUAGUGGCAACAACAACACCACCAGCUCCACAUUUAUAGAGCCACCAGUCAAAACCACAAAGAAAGAGCAGCCGAUAAAAGCUGCACGCGAGAAAUCAAAGUCACCAUCUCUGCGACCAGCGGCUGUCGCAACGGUGGGCCAUGAUAACAUUACGUCCUCACCCAGCAGUCACAUUACUAACAACAAUAACAAUAGCUGUCCAGCAAUAAUGAAUAUCAACAACAACAGCAACAGCGGUCAAUCGCCGGCAGAGCAACUGCAUCAACCACUAGUUGGUGGUGGUGGUGGCGGAGGUGUCAACAAUACGCCAUUGCCCACAGAAUAUUUGACCGAGCUGCAGGAGCUGCAUCACAAGAUCAUGACGCUGCAGGACAAUGAGGAGCUGCAGCAAGUUGUCGAAAUGAUUGCUGCCACCGGCUGCUAUGAGAUUACACAUAAAACUUUCGACUUUGAUCUCUGCAAAUUAGAUCGGAGCACUGUGCAGCGAUUGCAGGAUUUCCUGGCGACAUCUGUAUCGUGACACCAAAUGACUGCAGCAGCAACAAAUGCGGCAACAGCUGCCUAUAGCUAAGCGAGAUGCACCCAAAAAGAAAAUGGAAACAAAAAACACAAAUCUCUCAUGCACAUAACCAAAUAAUCAUUA